AUGAUGUUUGGACUACGUUGCUUGCCGUACUGAGCUCUGACGCUGUCAAUCGUUGGACUUGUGUGCUUUCCAUUCAUGGUGCCUUCAGGGAAACUUCUUCCUUAAUAACACUCCAAAAUGGCUUUUCAGUGUCAACGAGAUUGCUAUAUGAAAGAGUUUGUUACCUCUGUGGUAUCCUGCUGCCCAGCAGAGCUCAAACAUGAAGUCAACGGGAAGAAAGAAACCCUGAAGGGUUUUAAUGUGAAGCUACAGGACACCAUUUUGUUUCCUGAAGGAGGCGGCCAGCCAGAUGAUCAUGGGCUGAUUGGAGACGUCUCAGUUCUGAGGGUGACGCGGCAGGGGCCCGAGGCUGUACACUUUGUGAGCUCAGCUCUGGAGGAGGGUCAGCAGGUGCAGGUGAAGGUGGACUGGGAGAGAAGGUUUGACCACAUGCAGCAACACUCAGGUCAACAUUUGAUCACAGCUUUGGCAGAUGCACUUUUUGGAUACAAGACUACAUCCUGGGACCUUGGGCGCCAGAGAAGCACCAUUGAACUGGACACUCCCUCUGUGAAGGCCGCCCAGCUGCAAACCUUGGAGGAAGCCGUAAACGAAAAGAUCAGGGCCCACAUCCCUGUGAAUGUUCAGCUUCUCUCUAUAGAUGAUCCUGCCGUAGAAAAGGUGAGGAGUCGAGGGCUGCCAGACGACCACGCCGGGCCCAUUCGGAUCAUCGAUAUCGAGGGCGUUGAUGCCAACAUGUGCUGUGGAACCCACGUGUCUAACCUCAGUCACUUACAGGUUAUAAAGCUGCUGGGAACCGAGAAAGGAAAGAAAAACAAAACCAACCUGAUCUUCCUGGCAGGAAACAGGGUGCUGAUGUAUGCAGAGAAAAGCUACAGCACAGAGCGAUCGCUUGUGUCUCUGCUCAAAACCGGACCUGAUGAGCACGUGGAGGCGGUCGACAAGUUGCAGAAGUCUGCAAAGCUGCUGCAGAAAACUAACCUGAGCCUGCUACGAGACAUGGCUGUCCUCAUUGCUCAGAAUUUUAAGAACGACCCCCAGAGAGGAAGCUUCUUCAGCUUGCACAAAAAAGAGGGGGACAACGAGUUCAUGAAUAUCAUUGCCAAUGAACUCAACACUGAGGAAAUUUUGGUUUUCCUGACUGUCGGAGAGGAGAAGGGACCUGGUUUGUUUGUACUGGCCGGACCCAGUGGACCAGUGGCAGAGCUGGGACCCCGGGUGUUGGAGAUUCUCCAAGGGAAGGGAGCAGGAAAGAACGGACGCUUCCAGGGCAAAGCCAACAGCCUGGCCCGAAGAGGAGAGGUGGAGGCUUUACUGCAGCAGCACUGCAAACAGCUCACCUCCGGGGAAGAAUAAAUCCAGUAAUGGCUCAAUACAAUACGACUUUAUAUGAUGGGAAAACAAUACAUUUAGAUUCAUUCAUAAUUUUUAGCAAAUAUGAAAUGAUGCAUUCAAGCACACGCAAACUGUAAUUUAUGUCAAAAUGUAAAUCAUCAGGACUUCUGCACAACAUGCACUGUACAUAUCUGAAUGUUAAUUGUCAUGCACCUAUUUUGUCGUUUGAAAUCUCAUCUGCUAUAUAUUCUGAGAUCAGAUUUUCUUGAAAGAAAUCUGUUGUAAUUACUUUAUAUUUACACAUGGAGGUGGGAAAUAACUGUUGUGUUCUUAAGCACAUUUCUCAGGUACCUGUACUUUACCGCUUACUCCAUUUUUACACAUAUCUGUACUUUAAAGUCCUGACAUUCAUAAAGCAGGCUCAUUGCUUUAGUUUUAAAUAACUUAAGGGGAACAGUCACUUGUUUUUAUUUCGUGUCAUUGCAUACUGUGUUCCCAACAUCACAAGACUGAUUUCAAUCUGUCAGUUCAGAUCACGCAUGGCAGGCAUAGUGAGACGAAACCAUGUUAAAAAAGUGACAGAAUUGUGCAGCAUUUUCCGAACUCGUACAAACACAGUCCCUUAACAAUCACCACUUAUGAGCCAGCAGAGGUGUGUGUGUGGUGGUGGCUGUAUCUGCAGAGACCCUGCAGCCCUCUGCCUGGACUUUCUUAAUUAUCACUCUUUCGCUGCACUCGGGACACUUUACAAACCUAAAAUGUGUAUUGGAUGUCCUGGUAAUCUUUCUGGUGCAUUCAUGAACAGAUCGGACUUUCAACUUUAAUUGUCUUUGAAUCAUUAAUGCAGUGUUAGGUUCAGUUAGCUUUGUAUAGAAAUGGCCAGUAACAAUGUCCUUCAGAGGAAUACUUUUGAGUUUUAUACUUUGAGUAACCUGUACUUACUUACUUGAGUAAAAAGUUGAAUCAGUA